AUGCUUGAAGACUCACCCCAGGAAGAAGAAUGGAAACGGGCCUUAUGGAAGAAGUCGUCAUUCCCGGACAACUUCGUUCCCGGCUCGUUCCUCUCUUCAUUGAGCAAAAAUCCUAAUUUCACUCCGUAUACAUAUUGGGGACUGGUCGUAUCAUCUUGUGCUGUGACUCAGCAUAUAGCGACCAUCUUCACCUUUCUGACCGUCUUCGUACGCCUCAAUGAGGGAUUGCUCGAUCCGCGACUCCUAGUCUGGAUUUCUGUGGGCGGAUUCUUGACUGGCUAUGCUACGUGGGAGUUGCUCGAAUGCUCAAGCAACCAUAAUACCGCUUCAAUGACCAACAGAGCCAAGACUGUGAAGUCGUCAAUACUCGUUUUUCUCGCUCUAAUGUCGCUCUCUCCGGUCUUGAGGACAUUGACGGCAGCAACAUCCUCCGAUUCCAUAUGGGCACUCUCGGCUUCCUUGUUUAUUCUUAACGCGCUAUUAGCGGAUUACACUGGAUUCAGACCCGAGGCGCAACAUCGUGAAAGGUUGACAUCAGUUCUAUCUAUGAACGCUGCCAUAUCAUCUGGUGUCGUCUUAGCUUCGCGGCUCCCGAGCGAUGUAUGCGUCUUCGCCUUGACCUUGUUCUCCGUGCAGACAUUUGCCCUAUUCCCCCUGCUUCGUCGGCGUCUGCAAAGUGGACCUACGGGCGUCCACAUCAUUGUGACCAUCGCUCUAUGCGGCUCGUGCGUUUCAUUCACAGCGCCGGUCUCAAGUUUAGCUGCCUAUCUAGUAUGCGGAAAUUUUGUCUUCGUGACAUUCGUCGCCCCCGGGGUCCUGGUCUGGGCGCAGAGGUACAAGAAUGAGAUCAGGGGAACCUGGGAUCCGGCCGUGCCCAAGGUUUACACAGCUGGAUCAUCCCUGUAG